GGAAGCGAAGCGAAGCAAAGCAAAAGCAAAGCAAAGCAAAGCAUGGUAUAAAUCCCAUCUCCCUCUCGCUCUCUACAUUCGCUCUUUUUGAUAAAAAGGAAGAACAAUCCAGUCCAGUUAAUCGUCAUCAAACAAGAAGGAUACGCGCUCUGAUUCAAGACUGUUAUAGAUAUUUUCCCUGGUUUUUAAAACCCUAAUUUUGCGAUUUUGUUGGAUGGGAAUCAAUUUAAUUUCAUGCAUUGGUGUCAGAACAAAGUGAUUGAAUUAUCGCUGGUUAUCAGAGAGAGGGUCAUCAAUCUUGGUGGAUCUGGUUGUCAUGAGAAGGUUGCCCCAGAGGUUUUUGUAUGCGUCACACAUAGAUUUAAUUUCACGGGAUUCGUCGUCGGUGGUGCUAGGGUUCUCUUAUGUUUGACGACAAAUUAGGGGAUCAUUAUGCAGCUACACUUCUCACCUAGCAUGAGAAGUGUAACGAUAUCGAGCAGCAAUGGGUUUAUUGACUUGAUGAAGAUCAAGGUCGCAGCUCGUCACAUUUCUUACCGAACUCUUUUCCAUACCAUCCUCAUCCUUGCUUUCUUGCUACCUUUUGUAUUCAUCCUCACCGCUCUUGUUACCCUAGAAGGUGUCAACAAGUGCUCCUCAUUUGAUUGUUUGGGCAGGCGUUUGGGUCCAAAGCUUCUCGGAAGGGGUGAUGAUUCAGAGAGGCUUGUUAAAGACGUCUACAAUAUUCUUAAUCAAGUGAACACAGAAGAAGUGCCAGUUGGCUUAAAGAUCCCUGAUAACUUUACACAGCUUGUCUCAUACAUGAAAAGCAACAAGUACACUGCCAACGAUUUUGCUAUCAUAUUGAAACAAAUGAUGGAGAGAUCUGAGAGGGAGAUUAGAGAAUCUAAAUUCCAAGAACUAAUGAACAAACACUUUGCAGCAAGUUCGGUUCCAAAAGGCAUCCAUUGCCUCUCUUUGAGGUUGACCGAUGAGUACUCGUCUAAUGCUCAUGCACGGCGGCAGUUGCCAUCACCAGAAUUUCUUCCAGUUCUUUCUGAUAAUUCCUAUUAUCAUUUUAUCCUGCCAACUGAUAAUAUCCUGGCAGCUGCGGUUGUAGUCACUUCUGCCGUCCAGUCAUCUCUAACUCCUGAGAAGAUCGUCUUCCAUGUGAUAACUGAUAAGAAAACUUAUGCAGGCAUGCACUCAUGGUUUGCCUUAAAUACCAUCUCCCCUGCCAUUGUUGAAGUAAAAGGUGUUCAUCAGUUUGAUUGGUUGACGCGAGACAAUGUUCCAGUUCUUGAAGCUGUGGAAAAUCAUAAUGUAAUUCGAAAUUACUACCAUGGAAAUCAUAUAUCAGGGGCUAAUCUUGAUGAUACUACUCCUAGAUCAUUUGCCUCCAAAUUGCAGGCUAGAAGCCCCAAGUACAUAUCAUUGCUCAAUCAUCUUCGUAUAUAUCUGCCAGAGCUUUUCCCGAACCUUGACAAAGUGGUUUUCUUAGACGACGACAUUGUAAUUCAACGGGAUUUGUCCCCACUUUGGGAAAUUGACCUCGGUGGAAAUGUUAAUGGAGCAGUUGAAACUUGCAAAGGUGAAGAUUCAUGGGUAAUGUCUAAGCGGUUCAGAAACUACUUCAACUUUUCUCACCCACUGGUAGCAAAAAGUUUGGACCCAGAGGAGUGUGCUUGGGCAUAUGGGAUGAACAUCUUUGACUUGCGUGCAUGGAGAAAGACCAACAUAAGAGAAACAUAUCAUGCAUGGCUAAAAGAGAAUUUGAGGUCGAAUUUGACAUUAUGGAAGCUUGGAACUCUACCACCAGCCUUGAUUGCAUUUAGGGGACAUAUUCAACCUAUUGACCCUUCAUGGCACAUGCUGGGCUUGGGAUACCAGAAGAAUACAAGCAUCGAGAGUGUAAAAAAGGCUGCUGUAAUACAUUACAAUGGGCAAUCCAAACCAUGGUUACAGAUAGGCUAUGAGCAUCUUCGUCCUUUUUGGUCGAAAUAUGUCAACUACUCCAAUGAAUUUGUCAAGAAUUGCCACAUCUUGGAGUCGUAAAUGCUCAGGGUAUUAUAAGUGUAUAAACGAAAGGAUGGGACAAGGCUUAGGGCUCUCAUAUGAGAAGCUCAAGUUAUCAAAGAAUUUAGUCAAUACAUUUCUAUAGAAUCAACAAGAAAUCAGCCAGAUUGGUGAUUACUACUCUUCAAAUGGCUUAUCUGCUGCUGCUUUCCCAAGUAAUGCAUCACUGCCACCAGUGUAAGAAGAUUCAUUCUUUGGGUAUGUAACACAACACUUUCUUUAUUUGGACAAUUUUCAGCCUUCCCCAUAAGGGGAAGGUGCCUUGCCUAUAUUUUAGCCCAUAGGAAUCAUGCGGUCAUCACCUGUAGCUUGUAGGAAGCCUGAAUGCACCAGAAAAGAAAAGCUAGGGGAUGGAGGGAGACCCUCUAAAGGUUCAACUUUAGCCUAAUUAGCUUAAGAAAUUAUAUGAUUCUUUCRGYWGUUGCAUUUUAUUACAUACUUGUGUCUGAUCUKUAGGCAGUAGAUGGUUGGAAUUGGUUUGUUACAGGRAUUUSAUUCUUAGAGCCAASUAUUUGUAUUCAUGAGAAACAUUUAURAUGUGCAGUAAAUUCUUUUUGAUCC